UAAUCUUGCUGCAGUAAACAGCCAGUCACAUGAAGGCUGUUCCCAGCAUAUAGACGUAAUCAUGAGAACUUUUAUGUUCAGCUGACCUUCGUAACAAUAAUUGUGGGACCUCAACCAUCACCUCAUUGGCCUCCUGCCCAGCUUGUCUUGCAUCCGCUGCCAGAAUUCUGGGAAACGAAAUUAGCAGCAGUGAAUUAAAGUGCAUCCACUCAUCUGUGAGCAUGUUGUCUUUCAACAGCAUGCAACUGCAUUUAGCCUUGAGUAAAAUGCUUUCUGCAGUAGAUCAAUGGUCUCAGGUUGUAAGCUGAUGCAAACAGCUGUUUUUGAAUCUUAUUCACGUCAAUCAGCCUGGACUCUAAAUAAAAUGAAAUGUAUUUGAAAUGUGGAUGAGAUGGGACCUUUAUCUAAUACUGAUCAAAGCAAUUCAUACAAUCAGGUGAAUUAUUUCAGAACAAAACAUUCAGAGUAGAAACAAUAAUCAGCUUGCUAGUUUGGAUUAAAAUGCAUCAUAAAAACAACUUUUACACUGGAUGUUUGUUGCUGUUGUUGUGAUUUUUCCCUCAUUUUCUCUCAAAGAAUGUGUGCGGAGGACAAGUUGUACGAAAACCUUCAAACUGUCUAUUAUGCGAACAAACUGAGCUUUAAACUGGAAAAUAUGAAAAAGUUGAAUCCCUAACAUCUUGUGAUUAUCGGCAGAUAACAGUUAGGAAAUGAGAGAAUGUGUUUGAUUUAUCAUAGCUAUUAUUCGGGGGGGGAUAUGAGGAUGAUUUGAGGAACCAGGGAGACAAGCGGGGAGUGUGGAUGAUCUCUAUUAUCGCAUGUUGUCCCCUGCCAGAUGCCGCCCUGGAUGGUUGCCCAUAUCAGAAACUGUCAUUGUCAGGAAGUGACAGAUAAAAGCGAAUAAGGAGGAUUUGACUUGAUACCAGGAUUUUUCUGUUGUCCAGACUCACCAGCAACAAACUGACUUACAUUGAGAAAUCAGAUUGAUGACAUGCAUUUGUAUUGAGUCAUCUGGAUUAUGUAACACUGAGUCCCUAGAACAGAUGCUUCAGAGAGCUUUGUUUGUCCAAACGGAUGAAGACAUUCAGUCUGGAAGAGGGAUACUAACUAUGUUGUUCCCAACAGGCAGGUAGUGUUGCAUCGUCUGUUUCUCUCUAGAAAAUGUGCGUUUGUGACGGUUGCCAUAAUUUUUAGUUGACACUUUAUUAAAUAUUUGACAUUUCAAUCUUCAAAAUAUACAAGCAAUUUACAGAAGUGAACGUCUGAAAGGUUUUAAAAUUGAAACAAUGUUUUGAUAUAACUCCGUUGUAUUCCUGAAACAUGACCCAAUGUGAUAUAUUUUAAGCCUUUUUUUUUGAUAAAGGAGACCAAACUUUUCUUUAAGUUAAUCCUACAAAAGUAAGGUUGUUGUUUCUGUAAAUAAAUUGUGCAGUUUCUGUGUAAUGUGCACGGCUCAGUGUUUAUCUAAUUUACAUGUGAAACUGCAAAUGAGCAUAGUUAGUGAACAAUCCCGAAAAGAAAUGAAUUCGUCACACCUGGCCUGUUUUGUUGCUGAAUGUAACUUAAAACCUUGACUAGCAGCGGUGCUCAGCUGCUUUUCAUGAAGCUACUGUCUUCCACGCUAACUCUUCCCAUGACGCAGCCCAAUCAUUUACCUCCCGCCCGGAGGUCCGCAGCCAAUGACGAGGCAGAAGUUCACAAGCGCUAUUUAAGACGCUUUCAGUCCAAUGUGGCUCAGAUAACGGCGCUGUACGCCCACCAAGGCGGAAACUGUAGUCUGUACAACCAGCGGCGGCGUGGGACUCACAUUAAUUAGAGGUUUUCUCUCAAAGGAUUUCUGGCUGUAAGAGAUGAGAGCCUGGCAACUUUGGUUUCUGUGCUUCGUGGUGUUGAAUGCGGAUGCGCAAAAAGGGACUUCCCUGGAAGAAGAUCUCACUGAUUCUGCAUUUGGCAACUUCCUUGACCCUGUGAAAGAUUUGUUUGACGAGGAUGAACAUCACUCGGCUAUCGCAAAAUUCUCCCUGCGUAACCCAUCCCAUCCCGACGACGACCUCUGCUACAUUGUUCCCGGAAAACCAGAGACCCUGGCAGCCUGCGGUUUCAACAGCGCAUCCAAAACCUUCCUGGUGAUCCACGGAUGGACGCUGAGCGGUAUGUUUGAAAGCUGGAUGCCGAAGUUGGUGUCUGCGCUGUACGAGAGGGAGCGGACGGCCAACGUUGUUGUGGUGGACUGGCUGAGCUCGGCUCAGAACCACUAUGUGGUCGCGGUUCAGAAAACCAAAUCGGUGGGAAGAGAAAUCGCACGCUUCAUUGACUGGAUCGAGGAAACCACCAACAUGCCUCUUGACAAGCUCCACCUGAUCGGCUACAGCCUUGGGGCUCAUGUGGCUGGAUUUGCUGGCAGUCAUGCCAGCAACAAAGUUGGACGGAUUACUGGUCUGGAUCCAGCUGGACCUGACUUUGAGGGCAAACACGCCCAGAGGCGCCUCUCUCCAGAUGACGCCCACUUUGUGGACGUCCUCCACACCUUCACUCAGGGUUCGCUGGGUCUCAGCAUCGGGAUACAGCAACCCAUUGGCCAUGUGGACAUCUACCCCAACGGGGGCAGCUUCCAGCCGGGCUGCAACAUGAGGGGCGCCUUGGAGAAAAUCGCUAACUUUGGGAUAUUUGCCAUCAAUGAUGCGGUGAAGUGCGAACACGAGCGCUCCAUCCAUCUUUUCAUUGACUCGCUGCUGAACGAGCGGGAGCCUGCCAAGGCCUACCAGUGUGGCAGCAACGACAUGUUCGACCGCGGCAUGUGUCUGAGCUGUCGCAAGGGCCGCUGCAACACUGUCGGCUACAGCACAAGCCAGAUCCGCAGGCCACACGGCGUUCAGAUGUACACCAAGACACGAGCUUCCAUGCCUUUCAGAGUUUACCAUUACCAGCUGAAGAUCCACUUCUCCAGUAAGGUGAACACGUCAGAGAUGGAGCCGUCUCUCACCGUCUCUCUGUACGGAACCAAAGGAGAGGCUGAAAACCUGGAGCUCCAGCUGAAGGAAAGACUUGAGACAAACAGGACACAUUCGUUUCUUCUGGUCACUGAGACGGAUAUCGGCGACCUGCUGAUGUUGAAGUUUAAGUGGAUGGAGACAAACAGCUGGUCGGUGUCCAACCUGUUAAAGAUGGUUUCCUCUUGGUGGUCUGGGAACGCCGACGGUGUGGAGGUUCACAAAAUCCGUAUCAAAAGUGGCGAAACGCAACAAAAGAUGGUUUUCUGUUUGAACGACCCCGACGCCCACAGCUCACACUUGGUCACAUUUGUUAAAUGUAAAGGUGAACGGAGAACAAAACGUAAACCAGUUUCAAAGAGAGUGACUCUGAAGAAUGACUGACAAUAAGGAAAAUAUGUUUAAAAUUUUACCAAUAAGGACAUAAUUUAUACACUAUUUGUAUCUUUCAGACAUAAAAACAUCCUUGUACAUGUCGACUAAUUCAUGUAAAUGCUGUAAAAUAUCUUGCAAAAAGCUUUUUUUUUUUUUAAAAGAAAUAAAGUAAGUUAUUUAUGAUACUCUUUCACCUUGAUGCACAGCAGUGGUAGAAUUUUAAUUAGAAACAUUUCUUUAUUGUUCAGGCCUGACUGAUAUCUUUGUUUUAGAAAACAAUUGGGAAAGACUCGCAGUGGCUGAUAAAACCUAAUCAAUGUGGAUGUUUAUAUUUCCAAGCACUUAGAGGUUAUUUUUAUGGGUUGUAGACGGAUGGAAAAACAUGGUUGUUUGGUGUAAAGAGGGUAAAGGUUGUAAGUUUUCAAAUGGAAAACUGACUGAAUUUACCAGGCUGGAUCUGCAGGUAGUAAUGUCAUAAAAUAUAUAGAUGCAAAAACCAUUAAAAAAAAAAAACAGACUCCUGCCUCUAAAGAAAAGGGGAAAUACAAUCAUGUUUUUAUUUAAAUUUUUUCUGUAGGGUCUUUAUAAAAAUAAAUGUUUUUUUCCUGUAUUUGUUUUGCGCAGACAGUCGGUCAAAUUGAGCAUUUACCACUUCUUAGUGUAAAACUCUCGCCACAUAUUUUCUCAGUUUAUCCGCCUCUGUGUGCAAUAAAGUCGUCAUUUCGAAUUAUGACUUUUACUGAAGCAACCAAAGCUGCUGUUUUGUGUUGUAGUUUGUGCUGCUACUGUAUAGCUCUGUUGUGACUCAAAGAUGUGGCAUACUGAUAAUAUCUAUAUAUUUCAUAAGCAUGUGAUGCUAGUUUGAGUAUUUUCUGUGUUCUUUGGUUCCUUUUCAUUCAUUCAACUAAAUGUGAUCCUCAGCUCUACAGAGAUCGGUACUGUUAUCAUUGUGACUUUAUAUUACAUGUUGUACAUUUGCACAAAUGGAGAAUAUCUUCAUGUACUGUAAAUCUAUCUAAAUACCACAACAAAAAUAUUUUCAUUAAGAACCACCGUCUUAUAUUCUUGUCAUUAAAUGAAUGUUUUUCUAUCAUUUUUGUACAUAUUUGUAAAGGAGUCAAACACUGUACUGUAUAAAUUCUUUAAUAAACAAUAUUUGCCAAAGGUAA